CUAACUCCGGUCAAGCUUGAUGACACCAAUUAUCCCUCUUGGUCGGCCACCGUCCGUGCAAAUCUCCUCGCUCAUCGUCUUCUCGGUUAUGUGGAUGGAUCUGAACCAUCUCCUCCGCCUCUUAUUCUCGAUGAGAAGGCUGCGGCACCGGGGAAGGAUGAAUCCCCGGUUAUGAAGCCCAAUUCCGCCUAUGAAUCAUGGCAUAUUGUUGACGCUCAGAUUCGGGCCUGUCUCCUCGCUAUUGUUUCACCCACGGUUCAAACCCACAUUCACGCUCUUCCCACCGCGGCUGCAAUCUGGAAUAAUCUAGAGCAACGGUACAAUUCUCUUUCACGCACUCAUAUUUUUCAGUUGAAGGAGCGUUUACAAGGUGUUACUAAGGGGACCGAUUCCAUGCAAACAUAUUUGGACACUGUUCUCACUAUUGUGUCGUCUCUCAAACUGGCUCAUGAAGAAAUCUCCGAACAAGAUAUUAUUCUUUGUGUUCUACGAGGUCUACUGGCUGACUAUGCCUCCCUCAAGCAAAAUAUUCGCACCAAUAUUGCCACCGUCACCUUUAAUCAGGUCUCCUCUUGGUUGCUGUCUGAGGAAUUAAAUUUAUCCUUUGAGAAAAAAUUGUCUCUUGGUGACUCCGGCUCUAAUUCGUCUGUUGAUAUUCAUAAUUCUCUCUACACCAACUCCGGACGAGACAAUGGUCGGGGUCGUGGCCGUGGACCACCGCGAGGCCGAGGAGGGCCUUACCGCGGCGGUCAGCCCGGCGGCAGAGGCGGCCGGCAGCCACCGUACCGCGACGACGCACGCGGCAGAGGAGGUGGCCGGGGGUCCAUCACGUGCCAACUCUGUGGGAAGCUUGGACAUGCGGUGUGGAAUUGUUGGCACCGCUACGAUGAAUCAUAUGCUGGUCCUCCACAGGCGUUUUAUGCAAAUCAAUCUGCUGAAUCUAGUUCGAACUGGCAUCUGGACACUGGCGCAAACACCCAUGUCACGCCCAAUCUGUCUCGGCUGCAUACUUUGACUCCAUACCAUGGCACCAAUUCCAUCACAACUGCAGGAGGUAACACCUAUCCCAUUGACCAUACAGGCUCAGGUUUUAAAUUUCAGCAUCUUGAUCACUGUAAUUCUUGUUCUAUUGCUAAGUCUCAUAAACUCCCCUUCCCUGUAUCUGAAACUAAAACUUCUGCUCCUUUUGAGCUUGUUCACUCUGAUACAUCGGAGAAGUCUAGAGACACAUUUGCCCACAUGGUGGAAAACGCCAACACACUCCUCGCCCCGACUGCGGAGGACACAAAUGAACUUAAGGAAUUAAGCGAGAAAUCUUUUCUCAAUGUGGACAAUGAUAGCGGGUCUAACGUCGUUGGCAAUGAUGGUGGUGUUCUUGAUGAAGACUAUGGUGCUAAUAUUCUGAGUGACAAGCCAUCAAACAAAUCAGAUUCUACAUCUCGUGAAUUAUCUGUGCCACUAAUUGCCCCAGUUGGGAAGACAAUUGCAGAGUAUGAAGCUCUAGCAAGUAUCGAGAAGGUGGUAGAUGCAGAUAAUAAGCAAGCAGACAACCUCAUUGCAUUUGAUGACACCAUUAAGUUGUUUGACAUUGUUGAUGUGGUCGAGACGAAGCACCUGGUUUCCCCGAAAGUAACUACAUAUUCUAUGUGCCGCGUCUCAUAUUGCCAUCACUUUGCUACAAGAGUUAGGAUUUUUGAAGAUUCAAAGAAUGGAUUGCUCCUUUGGUUUAGCAUUAUCUCUCCAGUCCAGAAACACGAGUGGGAGCCUCCACCUUGAGGACAAGGUGGAUUUUAAAGGGGU